CCACCCAGACGCACGCCGCAGCCACUGUCGGGCUAACUAAUUUCCGGGAGUCCAUUCUCAAUGGCACUUCUUUCUCACCAUCUCUCCUUCGCAGGAUUUUCAGCCCUCCCCCGCCGACAUCCCUUCCCCUACACCUCCACCGCUCGUCGGCGAAUCCUUCGCUGCAUACGGGUUUUCUCAAUGGAGGAAUCGAGCAAAACGGGCCCGAGAUACACCAACCGCCUUGCCACUGAGCACAGCCCUUAUCUUCUUCAACACGCACACAAUCCGGUGUAUAUGACAUAUGUUCAAGCUCUUUAUGGUGGUGGUGGUUGGCCAUUAAGUGUUUUUCUUUCCCCAGAUUUGAAGCCUUUCAUGGGUGGCACCUACUUCCCCCCUGAUGACAAUUUUGGGCGACCUGGAUUCAAGACAGUUCUUAGGAAGGUGAAAGAAGCAUGGGAAAGUAAAAGAGAAGUACUGGAGCAGGGUGGAGCUCUUGCAAUUGAAGAACUAUCUAAAGCCUUGUCUGCUGCUGCUAGCUCCAGAAGACUCCCAGAUCAAAUUUCACAAGAUGUAGUCAAACUAUGCUCUGAACAGCUAUCAAGUAGAUAUGAUCCAAAAUUUGGUGGUUUUGGCGCUGCACCGAAGUUCCCUAGACCUGUUGAGAUAUGCCUCAUGCUUUAUGAAUCCAAGAAACUGCAUGAACAAGGGAGGGAAAGUGAAGGCAACAAAAACAUAGAAAUGGUUCUUCACACAUUGCAAUGCAUGGCUAGAGGUGGAAUUCAUGAUCACCUUGGAGGUGGAUUCCACAGAUAUAGCGUGGAUGAAUGUUGGCAUGUUCCACAUUUUGAGAAGAUGCUAUAUGAUCAAGGGCAGCUUGCAAAUGUCUACCUGGACACUUUUACAGUUACGAAGGAUGCAUUUUACUCUUCUGUAGCCCGUGAUAUUCUUGAUUAUCUAAGGAGAGACAUGAUUGGGGAAGAGGGUGAGAUUUUUUCAGCUGAGGAUGCUGACAGUACUGAGAAUGAUGGUUCCACCAAAAAGAAAGAAGGGGCCUUUUAUGUCUGGACAAGUAAAGAGGUUGAAGAGAUACUGGGAGAUGAUGCAGAUUUGUUCAAGACGCAUUAUUAUGUCAAAACUUCUGGAAAUUGUGAUCUUUCUAGGAUGAGUGAUCCCCACAACGAGUUUAAAGGAAAAAAUGUACUUUUCGAAAGGAAAGAUGUUCUUUUCAAGGCAUCAAAAUUAGGUAUGUCAGCUUAUGAGUAUGCUCAAACUCUUGGGAUUUGCAGGAAAAAACUUUUUGAUGCACGCUAUCGUCGACCUAGGCCACAUCUAGAUGAUAAGGUUAUUGUUUCAUGGAAUGGGCUUGCAAUUUCUUCCUUUGCAAGAGCUUCAAAAAUUCUUGAGGCCGAACCAGAAGAAACAAAAUUCCAUUUCCCUGUAUCGGGAUGCAAUCCAAAUGAUUAUCUGGAGGCUGCGGAAAAAGCAGCACUUUUCAUCAAGAACAAACUCUAUGAUUUCCACACAAAAAGGCUGCAACAUAGCUUCCGAAAUGUUCCAUCAAGUGCACCUGGUUUCUUAGAUGAUUAUGCUUUUUUAAUCUCAGCUUUGCUGGAUCUUUAUGAAUGUAGUGGUGGAAUCAACUGGUUGGCCUGGGCAAUAGAACUGCAAGCUACUCAGGAUGAGCUAUUUCUGGACACUGAAGGUGGAGGUUAUUUCAAUACUUCAGGCGAAAACCCUUCUGUCUUGCUUCGAGUGAAAGAGGAUUAUGAUGGAGCAGAGCCAUCUGGAAGCUCAAUUUCAGCUAUCAACCUCAUUCGACUUUCCUCCAUGUUUGCUGGUGGCAUGUCAGAGUAUUACAAACGGAAUGCAGAGCAUCUUCUGGCAGUGUUUGAGAAUCGUUUGAAAGAACAGAGCAUAGCAGUGCCUCUAAUGUCUUGCGCAGCAGACAUGCUUCGCGUUCCAGCCAGACAAGUAGUGUUAGUUGGUGAUAAAACCUCCAUGGAGAUGAAGAAGAUGGUUGCUGUAGUUUACGCAUCAUAUGAUCCAUUCAGAACUAUAAUUCAAAUAGAUCCUCGGAAUGAAAAAGAUAUGGAAUUCUGGAAGAGUAACAAUCAGAACAUAUUUUUUAUGGCAAAAUGUUGUCAGACUAACAAAGCUGCUGUUGCUCACCUCUGCCAAAACUUCGUGUGUAAUGCUCCUGUGGCAGACCCUGAUGCGCUCAGUUCCCUUCUAAGUAAACGUAGAGACCGGGCCUUCUGACUAUAGUCAACUUCUUUUAGGGAAUUGUCAUUGAGUUUAAACCCUUAUUUUCGAGUUGGGACUAAUGGGUCAUAUCUUUUAAGUGUGACCAUAGUUGAGAUUUACUUGGUAUGUGUUGUUUGGUGCAAGUACGAUUAUAUGCAUUAUAUUUUUUA